CGGAGCACGCUCGCCGUCGCGGGGAGGCGCGGCGGGACAAGAUGGCGGCCGCCGGGCGGGUGGGCGUCCUGUUAUGCCUGGCGCUGGCGGCCGGCGCGGCCGCGCUGGGAAAACAGAGCCCGGUGAAGGUGCUGUCGGACGGCAUGUGGCGGGAGCUGCUGCAGGGCGAGUGGAUGGUGGAGUUCUAUGCCCCUUGGUGUCCCGCCUGCCAGAACCUGCAGCCCGAGUGGGAGAAGUUUGCCGAGUGGGGUGAGGACCUGGAAGUGAAGAUCGCCAAAGUGGAUGUCACGGAGCAGCCGGGAUUAAGUGGACGAUUUGUCAUAACAGCUCUUCCUACCAUCUAUCACUGUAAAGAUGGAGAGUUCAGGAGAUACCAGGGUGCAAGAACUAAAACUGAUUUCAUAAAUUUCAUCAGUGACCAGGAAUGGAAAGCUAUUGAACCAGUUUCAUCAUGGUUUGGUCCUUCCUCUUUCCUGAUGAGCAGUAUGUCAGCUUUGUUUCAGUUGUCAAUGUGGAUCAGGCACUGCCAUGGUUAUUUAACAGAAAACGUUGGGAUACCAGUCUGGGGUUCAUAUGCUGUCUUUGCAUUGGCAACUUUGUUUUCGGGACUGAUACUGGGACUUAUGAUGGUGUUCUUAGCAGACUGCAUCUGUCCAUCUAAAAGGCACAGACCACCACAGUACCCUCACUCAAGAAAGCUAGCUCCAGAGUCAGCUCAGCUGCUGAAAAAGCUGGAUGAGGAGCAAGAAGCAGAUGAGGAAGAUAUCUCAGAUGAUGAAAUGGAGGGUAAUGAGGCAUCCAACAGAAGCUCAUCACCGAAUGCUGUCAGGCAACGCCCAGUGAACACUGCUGCUACAACGGAUAAAUCUUAGCUUUAUUUGCAUGCAGGAUUAAGUGUUUGAGUCACCAGUUCAAAAGGAGAUAAAUGUCAAAUCCUUCAGCUUGAAGCGAAGAACGACUCCUGUCAUGGUAAUACGGAUGCAUUUCACAAAUUCAGAAAAAAAAAAAAAAAAAAAGGGCAUCUUUGGCAUCAGGUAUUCAAAACUAAAACAUGCUGUUGCAAAUGGCUGAAACUUCUGCUGCCUGUGUGCAGAGAAGUGCCAAGAAAUAAUUUAUGUGGCUUCUUGAAUGACUUGUUCUAUAGGGAUUUUUUUUUUUUUAACAGAAUGUAAACCAGUGUACUUGUUGCGUUAGGAAACAUUAGCAAGGAAAAUGCACUAACCUGUUUGCUGUUAAAGCAUUCAAAAAGAUUUCUUGGUAUAAAUCUAUCUAGUUGUGCUCUGAAGAAAUGCUGAGGGGAAAAGUUCCUUCAGUUAUGGAACAUGUUCCAGGCAUUUUAUGUGACAAAACCUGCUUUUUGCUAUGACAAUGAGUGCUACAAACACCCCAAUCUUUCUUCUUCCAAAGAGAUGAAAGUCGCUGUCUUCAUUUAGAGGAACAGAAGUUGCCCUCUGAAUAGAAGCUAGAGAGCUUGUCUUUGCCAUCCUCCCAGGUGGAAGCCACCACAAGUGCUCUGUGUAGUGUGGAUUAUCUGGCUGACCAGAAACCUGCUAUUUGCACCGAUUUCUUUUAGAAAAGGCUGUAGAAAACUUACAUGAGCUUCUUGUCGAAGUAAUUCUUCUCUAGAAACAAUUUACAAGUAGCGCCACGAAGUCUUGUUUGUCUCAGUGACUCUGAUUCAGGUGGGAAUAGUUUACACACAGGAUUCUCUGCUGAGUGCAGAUCCUAUCCAUUCAUCCUGCUGGAUGGCAGUAGGACUCUGCUUAUUUUUAAUACAUCAUCAGUGAUUUCUGCUUAAUUAAACUUUAUUGCAAAUCCAUUCAAGCUGAACCUGGUCUGAAGUUGAAAUAACUGCUUUUUAAAUUUCUUUUACAGAAAGUCAUCCUUAUUUUCAUGAAACCAUCUUGAAACAAUUACCCUAAUUCUUUCUUUUAAAAAACCUGUAGUCUGCUGUUUUCUGUAUAUUUGUUUUCACUCUGUAUAGAAAUAAAAAGAAUGCACAUGCGCAUUGGACCAGU